AUGGACUUCUCUCUGGGCCUACGUUUGGGGCCUCGGAACAAGAAGCCCAGCCACCAACACCCCCCUCCACCCUCCGGGCACGGCCCACUGGCUGCCUCCCCUUGUCUGUCCUGCCCGCCCUCUGCCUGUGCCUGCCCCUGCCCUGGCUGUCCCCCUCCCACCUGCUCCUGCACUACCUAUCCCUAUUAUGCAGCUCCGUGCUCCUCCUGUCCCGGCCUCCCUGGCCCACCCUGUACGUGCCCCUGCCCUCCCUGCCCUGCCUGUCCCCCCUCGACUUGUCCCCUCAGCUCCUGCAGCCCCUGCUCUGCUCCGCAUCUGACCUGCUGCCACCCCUCUGCCUGCCCCAUGUACCCUUGCUCCAGGGGUCAAGCUGCCUGUUCCAGCUCCUGCUUGGGCUGCGGUGACAGCUGUGGCCGUGGCCGGGGGGCUGCCCAGGGACCUCCAGUCUCUGCCGGCCGCUGCAGCUGCUGCUUCAGGGGACACCGCACCUCUCGACACUGUCUGAUAGUCUAG